GACAAUGCCCGGUGCCUCGCGGCUCAUUAUAAUCGAAUCCGCUCAGUGGGGUUAGUUCUUUUCAACGCGGCAAACGCCGCCUUGAGUAAUCUGAUUGGGCUCUGUUAGACAUUGUAGUUUCUAAUUGGCUUUCUUAUAAGCCAAUGCAAUCAUCACCUCGCCACUGUGGUAUCGAUUUUUUCCAUGGUCGGUUUCCUAGGCUUGAAGAGAAGACGUCGAGCGACACUGGGCUAGCUACAAGGGUUGAAAUCUGUGACUAUGUCAGUCAACAUUAUAUAGCAUAUUUGUUUACGUAAAUCUUGUGGAGGCAAUUCAGUUAUCAUCCGGACCACAUGUUGACAAGAUUGAGUGGCAAGCAGUCGGAGCGUGGUUUGGGAGUCUUACAAGUGUCAUGAAGAUACAUAGCUAGUUAACGUUACCCUAUAACUACCUAUCUAAGAGAGUGGACGAGGGGGAGCGAAUGGAUAUUCGAGUCAACCUGCCUGGUUAACGUUAACUAGUUACCUGUACUUUUGUCUAGUUAGCUGUUUUUCCAUCAUCAGCUGGCUUGUUCAGACGUUAACUACAACCCGUGACAUUACCAGUAACCAGCAGUGUUUGAGGAUGAACCACCUGUCCCUGAGUGAGCUGUGCUGCCUAUUCUGCUGCCCUCCAUGCCCCAACAAGAUCGCCUCCAAGCUGGCCUUCCUGCCCCCGGAGCCCACCUACACCCUCAUGUGUGACGAGAGCGGAAGCCGCUGGACCCUGCACCUCUCUGAGCGCGCAGACUGGCAGUACUCGGCACGUGAGAAGGACGCCAUCGAGUGCUUCAUGACGCGCACUUCACGUGGCAACCGCAUCGCCUGCAUGUUUGUACGUUGCUCACCCAGUGCCCGCUUCACACUCCUCUUCUCGCACGGCAACGCCGUGGACCUGGGCCAGAUGAGCAGCUUCUAUAUCGGCCUGGGCUCACGCAUCAACUGCAACGUCUUCUCCUACGACUACUCGGGCUACGGGGCCAGCUCGGGGAAACCCUCGGAAAAGAACCUGUACGCCGAUGUGGACGCCGCCUGGCACUCCCUCAGGACACGGUACGGUAUUAGGCCAGAGAAUGUGAUCGUGUAUGGUCAGAGUAUCGGUACGGUCCCGUCCGUGGACCUGGCGGCACGCUACGAGAGCGCCGCGGUCGUCCUGCACUCCCCCCUCACCUCUGGCAUGAGAGUGGCCUUCCCAGACACCAAGAAAACCUACUGCUUUGAUGCCUUUCCCAAUAUUGACAAGAUCUCCAAGGUGACGUCGCCGGUGCUGGUGAUCCACGGGACGGAAGACGAGGUGAUCGACUUCUCCCACGGCCUGGCGCUGUACGAACGCUGCCAGAGGCCCGUGGAGCCCCUGUGGGUGGAAGGCGCCGGCCACAACGACGUCGAGCUCUACGGACAGUACCUGGAGCGUUUGAAACAGUUUGUGGCCCACGAGCUCGUCAACUUGUCAACUUGACUUCCCCCCUCAGUCACCCACCUGCUGCAACUGUCAACCUUUUGAAAUACCCAUCCCUUUUUUGUUCAUUUCUUUCUUUUUGUGUAUUUAGUUGUUUUAUCAUUUGAAACAGCGUGGUGAUUUGUGUGUGUGUGAGAGGGAUGAUGGACAGAUAUAAUAAUAAUAAUAAUAAUAUAUGCCAUUUAGCAGAUGCUUUUAUCCAUAGCGACUUAGUCAUGCAUGCAUAUAUUUUACAUGCGGGUGGUCCGGGAAUCAAACCCACUAUCCUAGCUGGAAUGUACCAUGCACUACCAACUGAGCUACAGUGGACCACUUGAAUGUACUCGAAGAUUGUGUGUAUGUUUUGUGCACAGAUGAGCAGUUGAAUUCUGUGUGCAUGUGUGCUUGUCACAUUUCUGCUGCCUUUCAGAAGGAUGCGGUUCUGAUCCAUUAUAAGGACCUCUGACGCACACACUUCUGAGCAUAUCUGAGCGGUUUCUGUGGAGCAGCUAUGCUGGAUGGAAGACUGGACCGCCACUCAACUAAGUCUGUCUUGACUAAGGAGCCAAGUCUGCUACAAUGUGGUCAACAUGGAUGUUUUGUUGGGUUUAAAAAAUAUAUAUUACGUUUGCACGUAUCACAUGUGACUUGGAACUGUACAAGAUAAAACUCUUGACAUUUUAAGAUGUCAGUGUUGCCAACUAUUCAGCAUAUUGAAGAAAAAAGCAUGUCGUACGGACAACAUCCUAGAAACCUCUCAAGUUGUAUAAGCUAUACAAAGUUUUUUGUUUUACUAUGUUGUUUUUUAUGUAUUCUUUCAGUAAAUCUACUACGACUCCAUUUAUAUAGUAAAACGAAUAAUAAAGCUCUCCUACCAUUUCAGAGGAAUAGCAUUUCUAGAUAUUGAUUUUGUCUACAAACUGCCUGUACACUUGGUAGCUCUUUGUUACGUAGUUUGAUUACGACUCAUGCCACUGAUGCCAUAAAACAUCGAAAAACAGUGAAAGUCAUUAAUGCGUGAUUGGGAAGUGUUUUGAAGACUGCUUGGUUUUACGGAGGACACAACUGGAUUCUUGCACACUUUUUGCUUAUCCCUUAUAUCUGACAGAAUACAUGUUUUUUUUAGAACCUUUUUUUCUGUGAGAGACACUAUUAAUGCAGAAUAAGGUAAAACAGUUACCAAUCACAUACUUUAUUGUAUUAGUAAGGCACUGACUAAGUGGAAGCUGAUUCUGUUAUAAAGUGCUACUGCAUGCCAUGAUAGGCUGGUGUUUUCUUACCCUUUAGCUGGAUAAAUGCUGGCUAGCUCAAGGCCAUGGAUGCUACCAAAAACCUCCAGUUCUAAUUGGUACAGUCUGAUGAACUGAAAUGUUUGGAUUGGUUGUUGAUGUUAUUAAUCAAGAAUUGUUAGGAUUGGCUGUUGCUGUUAGAUAAUGUGUCUUUGAACUCUACUGGGGACUUGACUUUUCUGUACUUAAAGGUAAUGCGUUCAUCCAUUUAAUGUUUGUACUGGACAAGCCUCUAUUUUAAAUUGUAGUUGUAAUUACUACUAUAACUUUUUAAUAUGAUGAUUUAGGCAUCCAUCUGUGGUGAGUCCAUUUAAAAUUAUUCCGAUGACCAUUGAAAAAUCUGGUCACCCAGACGAUGUCAUUUAUCAGUUUGUUUUUCUAAGACAUUUCAUUACUGAAGGAAAUUACGUAACAUUAAAAUGGAUAUACACAAUAAAAAAGUAUUUGAGGAAUGAUAAA